AAUGUCGAAGCGAGGAAGGGGAGGUAGUGCGGGGAACAAGUUCAGGAUGUCGCUGGGUUUACCAGUGGCGGCAACGGUGAACUGUGCAGACAACACGGGAGCCAAGAACCUCUACAUCAUUUCAGUGAAGGGAAUCAAAGGGCGUCUCAACAGGCUCCCAUCCGCUUGCGUCGGCGACAUGGUCAUGGCCACCGUCAAGAAAGGAAAGCCCGAUUUGAGGAAGAAGGUGUUGCCUGCUGUCAUCGUCCGACAACGCAAACCUUGGCGUAGAAAGGACGGCGUCUACAUGUACUUCGAAGAUAAUGCUGGUGUCAUUGUCAACCCCAAGGGAGAAAUGAAAGGAUCUGCUAUUACUGGUCCCAUUGGAAAGGAGUGUGCCGAUCUGUGGCCUAGAAUUGCAAGUGCUGCCAAUGCUAUUGUCUGAAAGAGUUCAUGGUUUUGUUUGUGAUUGUAGUUUUAAUGUUAUCUUUCUAUUAUUUUCCUUAUAACAUGUUUUGAGAGACGUUGAUCAAACAAUAGUAAGAUUUGCAACCUAUUUUCGUAUAUCUAGUAGUCUAAAACUUAUUUUCAAAUUUA